CUUUCUUUUUUCAUAAAUUCAUUCCUAGUCCUCUAAACUCCUUUUCUUAACAACAACAACAACAAUGAAAUUCGACCUUGAGUAUCCAUUGAACGAGAAAAACGACGCCGUUUCAGUUCUUUUUGACGCUGAGUCUGAUCAUAUGCCGUCCUUGUUUUAUUUCAAAUCUACUGAUGUUCGCUUCUCCAUUCGACAUCAAUCCUUCACUCUCAUUUCUCAAGCACAGUUUACUUACAAUGUCGAUCGAUUUACUGCAUACCUAGCUGCCAAUUACAUCGAUCGUUUCCUCUCCAAACAAGUAGUUCUGGAAAAUAAGCCAUGGAUUGCACGAAUUCUUGUCAUCGCUAGCCUUUCACUAGCAGCGAAGAUGAGGAACAUCAACUUAUCGCUCUCUCAUAUCAUAAAUCCAAUAUCCGAUUCAAACAGAGACGAAGACGAAGGUUUAAUUUUCGAUUUGCAGUCAGUUCAUCGAAUGGAGAGUUUGAUUCUCACAACGCUCAAUUGGCGGUUACGGUCCAUCACGCCUUUUGCGUUUCUUCAAAUUUUCAACUCGUUGUUCGAACUCAGUGACGUGUCACUGAGUCAAUCACUUGAAGUUCGAGCUUCAGAUAUCAUUCUCAGCUCUCAUUACGAAAUUAAGCUUCUUGAGUACAAACCAUCAGUAUUGGCGGCAUCUGCGUUUCUGUGUGCAGCUCAAGAGUUGAUUCCCCAUCAAGUUUCAUAUUUCUUAGAUGCAAUUUAUUCUAAAAGCCAACACAUAUAUAAAGAAGAACUUUUGAAUUGUUGGAGUAUAAUGCGGAAAAUUACAAUCGAUGAAGUUUCUUCUAGCUCGUUGACACCGAACAGUGUGCUUGAUCACCAAGAACGUAAAGUGAGAAUCCAGAGAGGAACAACAACAGCAAGAGGCGAAGAUUGAACGAUUUUCAGGAUAAUCAAACAUCCCAUAUUUCUCAGGUUCAACACUGCUAAAGAAUUAAGGAUGGUCACAAAACGGUGCGUGGAUUCAGCCUUAAUCCGCAAGACUUCCAACACCUGAAUGGGUAGUAGAGAAUCAGCCAACUUACGGUCCACUUUAUACGUUUGAUGAGCAGAUCACUUAGGGAACUUCUUAGUUCUCACCCUGAGGGAGGGGGGAAGCUACCGCUUCUAGAAUGGAAGCUUUCUCCUUUACUAUUUUUGAAGUUAAAAAAAAAAAAAUGGUUAGCGAUUAUGGUUGCGAAAAGUGGAAUACUCUGUGGCAUAGUAAAAUAUUCCGUUCUCAAUCCAAUCUAUUCGUUGAUGCU